AGAGAGAGAGAGAGGAAAAACGCAUCAAAACGGCGAGCACCCAAUCGACUCGCCCGUUAUAAGUAGAGCGCCACCAACCGACCGACGAUCUCCACGAUCUCGGAUUGGUUUUUGCGUUGCGUUUCUUCACUUGAAGCCACCGCAAUCUCCCUCCCCCCGCACUCCGAACAAAUCAUCAUCAAAUUACAGCGACGCUCCACCGCACCCUGCCGCCUCCGCUUUUUAAGGGAACCCCCCCCCCCCCCUACCGCGAACGGAUCGGCGGCCUAGGGUUUCGAGGUUUGUGCGUUUUUUUUAUCCUCUAGAAGCUUCCGCGGAUGGCCACCGAAGAGCUCCCCUCCGCUGCCGCGGCGGCGGCGGGUGGUGGUGGUGGGGAGGAGUCGACCGGGUUCUCUUUCAGCAUCUGGCCGCCGACGCAGCGGACGCGGGACGCGGUGGUGCGGCGCCUGGUGGACACGCUGGGAGGGGACACCAUCCUCUGCAAGCGCUACGGCGCCGUGCCGGCGGCCGACGCGGAGCCCGCCGCGCGGGCCAUCGAGGCCGAGGCCUUCGACGCCGCGGCUGUCAGCGGCGCCGCGGCGGCGUCCGUGGAGGAGGGCAUCGAGGCGCUGCAGCUCUACUCCAAGGAGGUCAGCCGCCGCCUCCUCGACUUCGUCAAGUCCCGCUCCGCCGCCGCCAAGGCCGCCGCCGCGCCGCCGUCCGAGGGGGAAGCCCCCGCCGCCGCUUCCGAGGGCGAGGCCGUGGAGCCGCAGCCCGCGGAAUGAGCGGGCUCCCAUUCGUUCAGAAGAUAACUUGCAUCUAGAGUUCGUUUGGAGACUGUGCCUUUGGUCUGGAAAUGGAUGUAGUUGCUUGCUCUGCUUAUCUAUGCAUUUUGUUCUUUAAUGAGUAGCUCCUGGCUCUCGCUAUUCUAGUACUGUCUGUUUUGUUUCCCAGUUUUAUCUCUGAGCAAGGAUUAUGUUCCGCUUGUUGUGAUAAAGAUCAAGAUUUCAACAAAGUUUCUGCCCCUAAGAUUUGCAAUUCAAUACAACAUCAAGUUAUCUGUAUAA